GAGGGCGACGGGAUUAAAAGGCGAUCCUCCCCGCGCGUUGCCCCUCGUGAUCGGCGCGUCGCGACGUCAGCGCCGAUUCUCCCCUCGAAGCGGAAUGGUUGAGGCCGGCAGUUGGGAUGGCGUGAGUGAAGGACGAGCUCAGUUGGGCUACAUGCUCGCUGCCAGUGACAGACAGGCGCUAAGACCUGAUGACGUGCAAUCGGCGACGGGGAACUUAGAACAUGGCACAGAGGUAUGAUGACGGCAUACCCCACUAUGGUGCUAUGGAUGGGCCAGCCUCUUUAUACGAUCCCCACCGGUCCAUGCAAACUUUAACCCAUGCACCGCACAUGAAUCACGCGCCUACAAUGCACCAAUACCAUGGAAAUCACGUGUCUGGGGUGAUGUCGAACCAUAUCAUGGGGUCAGUGCCAGAUGUCCACAAGAGGGACAAGGAUGCUAUAUAUGGCCAUCCUCUGUUCCCAUUGCUGGCCCUCAUAUUCGAAAAGUGCGAGUUGGCGACCUGCACACCGAGGGAGCCCGGCAUUGCUGGUGGAGAUGUUUGUUCCUCGGAGUCUUUCAACGAAGACAUUGCUGUCUUUGCCAAACAGAUUAGGCAAGAAAAACCUUAUUACGUACCAAAUCCAGAAUUAGAUAGCCUUAUGGUACAAGCGAUCCAGGUGCUGAGAUUUCACCUGCUUGAACUGGAAAAGGUACACGAAUUGUGCGAUAAUUUCUGUCAAAGGUACAUCAGCUGCCUAAAGGGUAAGAUGCCAAUUGACCUGGUCAUCGACGAAAGGGACAGUAAACCCGGCGAUCUGGGUGAUAACAAUAACAAUAGUAACGGUGGGAGUGGCAACAUUGGAAGCAAUGGUGGAGGAGGUGGAGGCAGUGGAGGAGGUGGAGGCAGGGGAAAUCCCGACACAAUGGGACACAAUAGUUCAGACAGUUCGUCCACACCUGACCAGAGACCGCCUUCUCAAUCGCUCAAUUCGUACAGCAUGAGCGGCGAAGAUGCCAGAUCACCCACAGGAUCGACAGGUACUCCAGGCCCAAUACCUCAACAACCUAGUUCUCAACAUAGCACCGAUAAUAACAGCGAAGCAGGGGAUGCCAGUAUAGGGUCUGGAGAUGGGACGGGGGAUGAUGACGAUGACGAUCGAGGGAAGAAACGACAAAAGAAAAGGGGAAUUUUCCCUAAAGUGGCCACCAACAUCAUGAGGGCGUGGCUGUUUCAGCACCUCACGCAUCCUUAUCCCUCGGAAGAUCAGAAGAAGCAGUUGGCUCAGGAUACUGGCUUGACGAUUCUGCAGGUCAACAAUUGGUUUAUUAAUGCCAGAAGAAGAAUCGUGCAGCCCAUGAUUGACCAGUCGAACAGGGCAGGAGGCACCCUAGCCGGAGGAGGAACCCCCUAUGGACCAGAUGGUGCGGGGAUGGGCUACAUGAUGGAUGGCAGCCAGCAGAUGCACAUCAGGCCUCCAGGAAUGCAGAACCUCUCCUGCAGCGAAGGCUCCAUGGGUAUGGGACACAUGGGAGGAAUGGGAGGAUACUCUCAGAUGUCCCAACUCCGAUCUCCGGUUCACUCUCAAGCCAUGUUACUCCCCGGACAUCCUCACGCUAUGAUGAUGGCUCACGGCCCUAUGGGCCAUCCGGGCCUGCCACCUCAGGGUUCGCCGUACGACGGAUCGGGACAGCACAUCAUGGACAUUCACGCUAGUUAGAGUCUCCCGCGGGACACCUGUCAGGUGAUGCUAAGGUGUCGACCAUCCAGUGCCUGGAGUCCCAGGAAAGGGACUGGACGGCGGAUUAGACAAUAAAAGUGCAACAACAAAAAACUAAAAAAUAAAAAAAUAAAAAGAGGAACCAGUAGUCUGGGCUGUAGUGCUGAAAAAAAAAAAAAAAGUGGUCGCUAGGCGACAUUGUAUUUAGUUCGUGUCCUCUCCCCCAUCCACUGUAUGUCACAUGCUAAAAUGUAUAUACGCUCGUGCCAUAUAGGGACACUGGAUCCGGGGCCGAAGGACACCGGCCCCGUCGUGUGACUGUUGUUACGUGGCUGUACUUUUUUUCCCGAAUGGUGUAACUUACUGUCAAUAAAACGGUCAACACCGAGA